UCCUCCUGCUAGAGAUUGAGACGGAGCUGGCACCGAGUAGCGAUACGGGGGGAGCUGUAACACCACGGAGGAAAAAAAGCGAUUACACCCCAAAUACCAGCGGGUUUUUGAUCGCAGUUGUUUGGGUGUAUCCGGGAAAAGGGCUGUGCGGGUGGUAGUUUGGGUAGAGGGCUAAAUUUAGAAGCGGGCGGUCGAGGAUAGCAGUCUAUUUUUCAACAACCAACUCCCCAGAUGAACUCCGUCAGAGCCACCAACAGGAGACCCAGGCGAGUGUCGAGGCCGCGCCCGGUGCAGCCCGAACGGAACAACGGGGAUAGAGAUGAGGAGGCUCCUGCAGCAGCUGCAGCAGAGAUGGCUAUUGAGGAGUCCGGUCCAGGAGCUCAGAACAGUCCCUACCAGCUUCGACGCAAGACCCUGCUUCCCAAGAGAACCGCUGCUGCCUCUGCCACCGCCUCUGCCUGCCCCAGCAAGGGCCCAAUGGAGGGAGCUUCCACUUCAUCAACAGAGGCCUUUGGCCAUCGAGCCAAGCGGGCACGAGUGUCCGGUAAGAGCCACGACCUGCCAGCAGCCCCAGCAGAGCAAUAUCUGCAGCAGAAGCUUCCAGAUGAGGUUGUUUUGAAGAUCUUCUCCUACUUACUGGAACAGGACCUUUGUCAGGCAGCCUGCGUCUGCAAGAGAUUCAGCCAGCUUGCCAACGACCCCAUCCUAUGGAAGCGUCUAUACAUGGAGGUGUUUGAGUACACGCGUCCCAUGAUGCACCCUGAGCCAGGCAGGUUCUACCAAGUCAGCCCUGAGGAGCAUGAACACCCAAACCCCUGGAAGGAGAGCUUCCAACAGCUGUACAAAGGCGCUCAUGUAAAACCAGGCUUUGCCGAGCAUUUCUACAGUAACCCCGGCAGAUACAAAGGCAGAGAGAAUAUGCUGUAUUAUGACACCAUUGAGGAUGCGCUGGGCGGAGUACAAGAGGCCCACUUUGACGGUCUAAUCUUCGUCCACUCUGGCAUCUAUACGGACGAGUGGAUUUAUAUAGAGUCCCCCAUCACCAUGAUCGGUGCAGCUCCCGGUAAAGUAGCAGACAAGGUGGUGAUAGAGAACACAAGAGACUCAACGUUUGUCUUCAUGGAGGGCUCAGAGGACGCCUAUGUGGGAUACAUGACCAUCAAGUUUAAUCCUGACGAUAAGUCGGCGCAGCAUCACAACGCCCACCACUGUCUGGAGAUCACGGUCAACUGCAGUCCCAACAUCGACCACUGCAUCAUCCGCUCCACAUGCACAGUGGGUUCAGCUGUGUGUGUGAGUGGCCAGGGAGCGUGUCCGACCAUCAAACACUGCAACAUCAGUGACUGUGAGAACGUAGGACUGUACAUUACAGAUCACGCACAGGGCAUUUAUGAAGACAAUGAAAUCAGCAACAAUGCGCUAGCAGGAAUUUGGGUGAAAAACCACGGUAAUCCCAUCAUUAGACGUAACCACAUCCACCACGGACGAGAUGUCGGAGUGUUCACCUUCGAUCACGGCAUGGGUUACUUUGAGAACUGUAACAUCCACAGAAACCGCAUAGCAGGCUUUGAGGUAAAGGCCUACGCCAACCCCACAGUGGUGCGCUGUGAGAUCCAUCACGGCCAAACGGGAGGCAUCUACGUCCACGAGAAGGGGCGGGGACAGUUUAUAGAGAACAAAAUCUAUGCCAAUAACUUCGCUGGGGUGUGGAUCACAUCCAACAGCGACCCAACGAUACGGGGAAAUGCUAUAUUCAACGGUAACCAAGGAGGGGUGUACAUAUUUGGAGAUGGACGGGGUUUGAUAGAGAGUAAUGAUAUCUAUGGUAACGCCUUGGCGGGAAUCCAGAUCCGAACCAACAGCUGCCCCAUUGUACGGCACAACAAGAUCCACGAUGGACAGCACGGGGGCAUCUAUGUGCACGAGAAAGGCCAGGGGGUGAUCGAGGAGAACGAGGUUUACAGCAACACGCUGGCUGGAGUCUGGGUGACCACGGGCAGCACUCCUGUCCUCCGCAAGAACCGCAUCCACAGUGGCAAACAGGUUGGCGUGUAUUUCUACGACAACGGGCAUGGUGUGUUGGAAGACAAUGACAUCUACAAUCACAUGUACUCUGGUGUACAAAUAAGGACGGGGAGCAACCCAAAGAUCAGGCGCAACAAGAUAUGGGGAGGCCAGAAUGGAGGGAUUUUAGUCUACAACUCAGGUCUGGGCUUCAUCGAGGACAAUGAGAUCUUUGACAAUGCCAUGGCCGGGGUGUGGAUCAAGACGGACAGCAACCCCACACUGAGACGGAAUAAGAUUCAUGACGGCAGAGAUGGAGGCAUCUGCAUCUUCAAUGGAGGCAGAGGUCUGCUGGAAGAGAACGACAUCUUCAGGAACGCACAGGCCGGUGUGCUCAUCAGCACCAACAGCCACCCGAUACUCCGCAAGAACCGCAUUUUUGACGGCUUCGCUGCAGGUAUUGAAAUCACUAACCACGCCACAGCCACACUCGAGGGCAACCAGAUCUUCAACAAUCGCUUUGGAGGCCUGUUUCUGGCCUCUGGAGUCAACGUCACCAUGAAAGACAAUAAGAUUCUGAAUAACCAGGAUGCCAUUGAGAAGGCAGUGAGCAGGGGACAGUGCCUCUACAAGAUCUCCAGCUACACCAGUUACCCCAUGCACGACUUCUACAGGUGUCACACCUGUAAUACAACAGAUAGGAACGCCAUCUGUGUAAACUGCAUCAAAAAGUGCCACCAAGGGCACGAUGUAGAGUUUAUACGGCACGAUCGGUUUUUCUGUGACUGUGGAGCAGGAACGUUGUCCAACCCAUGCACGCUGGCCGGAGAGCCCACACACGACACAGACACUCUGUAUGACUCGGCGCCACCCAUCGAGUCCAACACGCUGCAACAUAACUGAAGGCGUCCGGUCCAGUUACACUCUCUCACACAAGCAUAUAAACACAUUACAUCGCACCACAGCCACACACCCACACGUACACAGUCACACACAGUCACAUACACACAUCCACUUGCAGCCAUAAGGACCCAGAGAGACUCUGUGAUUGCGGCGCUCUCAGAUGGGAUCGAGGUGAAAGAGGCUGCGGAGGAAGCAGCUUCCUGCCCGCUGCAGUCGAGACACGCUGCAGCGGCGGCAGGCUCCACCAGAGGGAGCAGAGGAGCUGAGGUAGACUGACAGAAUGGCCACAAGAGAUUUCCUCACUGGAGUAUUUCUUAUUGCAGUCUGUAGACAAAGAAGAAGAGAAGGGCUACGCAGAGGGGCUGUCGAUAGCGCCACUUUGGCAGCGUGUGAAGAUCCCCCACCCCCACCCCACACACCCCUGGUGUUAAUCCUCGGCUCCCAGCCCACUUUUUCUUCUUCUUCCUCACAAGAACUGCUGUCAAAGAGACUUCCUGCUUCCUCGCAGCUGCCAUCCCCAUUGGCUGCCCAGGCAGUUGUAACUAGGCAACGGAUGGGCGGAUGUUGCUCUGUUGUGUGUGGAUAAAGAGCAAGAUUGUGUGUGUGAUGGAGCACUUGGGCUUUUUUAAGAAAAAAAAAAUGUUCUGAUCAAUGGAUUUUAUUUCGAUGCUUUCUCAUGUAGUUUUGUAUUUUCAAGCAAAAAGCUGACUGUAUUUGAAUGUCUUUUAUUUUAUUAUAUAUUAUUAUAAUUAUUAUUAUUUUUUCUUUGGUUAGCAUCCCUCCUCCCUCCCCGACUCCAAGGCAGAGCGCAGAGACUCAGACGUCCCAGUGGUGAAAGUUCUUUCUGUGAAAGAGAAUCUCGUUUAAACACUAAAAACCCUCUCCAGUAUAUUAGCUUAAACGGCAGGUGGAGGGGCUCCACGCUUGUAUAAAGGUGUGUAUGUGAGUGUGUAAAUGUGUGUUGUGUACAGUGAAAGUUGUGCGUGUGUAUAUGUUUAUAAGUUGAUGCAGUCAGUGUUUUGUGGAGAGGGUUUCAAUGGGAGGCGUCAGAGCUCCUUUGAACUGGAACUGAAGAGUCAGUCUGCAGUCCUUCUCCCCCCCCCCCCCCCCCCCCCCCCCCCCCCCCCCCCCCCCNACCCCCACCCCCGUCCUCCUCCCCCUUCUCUCCCCCGUGUAUCGUGGUGACUGUGGCUCCUCAUGCAGCCUGAAUCGUAUGCAUGUACCAUAACAUCUAGACUUAAUAUAUUGUGAAGUAUUCAAUAACCAUUAUGUAGAUGCUAGUUGGAAUUCAAAAAGGGGUAUACUUUCUUAGAAAGACAAAAAAAGAAAACAGGAAACUGGCCAUUUCUAAGAAAAUAAAACUUUAUUAGAUCACAGGUG